GCUUGGUCUGCGUCUGCGUUUUAGCUUCAAUUUGCAGCCAGAUAUGACGCAUCUGUUUCAAAAUAUCCGCAAGUUCUUUCCGGCCAAAAAAACCUCAAACUCCAGGGUGAACUCUGGGUCCACUGAAAGUUUUUACAUUUCAAUUUAGGGCUUUGGUUUUCGCUAUCAGGGAGUAAUCUGGUUUUAAGGCGCGGCGGCGGUGCAGCUCGGGGCGCGAUGCAGCCGCCCGGCUACGACUCGGACAGCGAGGACGACCUGCCGCCGGCCUGGGAGGAGCGCGUCAGCCUCGACGGCCGCGUCUACUACGUGCACCAUGUCGAGAAGGUCACCCAGUGGCGACACCCGCGCACCGGCAAAAAGAAAAUUGUGCCCAGUGAGCUGCCCUUCGGCUGGGAGCGCGUCAUCGACGACAGCGGCAAGGUGAUCUACGUGGACCACGAGAACAAGAAGACGACGUUCACCGACCCGCGGCUGGCGUUCGCCGUCGAGGACCAGGAGGGAGGCGAGCGCGGCCUGCGGCAGCGCUUUGACGCCAGCAGCUCGGCGCUGCACGUGCUGCACGGCCGCGACCUGAGCGGCCGCGUGGCGCUCGUCACCGGCGCCAACUCCGGCAUCGGGUACGAGACGGCCCGCUCGCUGGCCUACCACGGCUGUCGCGUGGUGUUCGCCUGUCGAAACCUGGAGAGCGCGCGCGCCGCCAUCGAGCAGAUCAAGUCUGAGCGGGCCAACAGCGUCUGCGAGCCGCUGCACUGCGACCUGGCCAGCCUGGCCGGCGUGCGGCGGGCGGCCGGCGAGUUCCUCUCCAGACACAGGCACCUGCACAUGCUGGUGCUGAACGCCGGCCUGUUCGCGCCGCCGUACGCGCUGACCGAGGACGGCCUGGAGGCGCAGUUUGGCGUCAACCACCUGGGCCACUACUGUCUGACGCGGCUGCUGGAGCCGGCGCUGGCGCGCACUCGCGGCGCGCGCGUCGUCGUCGUCUCGUCCGAGUCACACCGGCUGUCUCGCCUCUCGGCCGAGGACUUUACUCUGGAGAAGCUCUCCCGUCCCGCCGACAAAUACACGGGCAUCGUGGCCUACAACGACUCGAAGCUGUGCAACAACCUGUUUGCCGCCGAGCUGCACAGACGCUGGCGGCCCAAAGGUGUGACGGUGAGCUGCGUCCACCCGGGGAACAUGGUGAGCAGCUCACUCAGCCGCCACUGGUGGCUCUGGCGGCUGCUCUUCGCCGCCGUGCGGCCCUUCACCAAGUCGCUGCAGCAGGCGGCCAGCACCAGUGUGUACGCGGCCACGGCGCCCGAGCUGGACGGCCUGGGCGGCCUCUACUUCAACAACUGCUGCGCGUGCCCGGUGUCGGCGGCCGCCGCCGACCCGGAGCGGGCGCGCCGUCUCUGGACGCUCAGCGAGGCGCUCAUCGCCGAGCGGCUGGGCGCCGAGGCGCUCCGGCCGCCAGAGCCCGGCGGCGCACAGACUCCGGCGCCGACGGCCCAGGGCGAGCCGCAGCCGCUCUGAGGGAGCCCAGCGAGCCCCAGCCGCUCUGAGGGAGCCCAGCGAGCCCCAGCCGCCGGCUCUGAGGGAGCCCAGCGAGCCGCAGCGGCUCUGAGGGAGCCCCCAGCCGCUCUGAGGGAGCCCAGCGGGCCCCAGCCGCUCUGAGGGAGCCCAGCGAGUCCCAGCCGCUCUGAGGCGAGUGCUGCCGCCGGCGCGGCCACAGCUUACCUGCGCAUACAGACACGCCGACACACACGCAUACAUACCGUCCACACGUCCAACCGGACCCCUUCACUGACGAGUACACUGCAGACGCCACCGCACAGGGGCUGGUGUAGAUGCCAUACCUCCCUGCCGCACAUACAUACGGCAGAAUUUAAAUCAAAACAGUCUCUAACAGAGACUGCAUAUUUCGCACACUUGGGUGUGAGCUUUUCGUAAACCAGAGUUCGUGCUUACACUUUACACUUCGCCCUAAAGUCAGCUUCUUGAAUUCCUCACCGAAUGACUUAGCGGUGGGUGAGUUCAUUUAACAAAUAAGCCGGCGGCUCAAACAAGUUGUGGAGCUGCAUUUGACAGGAACAUAUUGAUUUUGCAAUCAUGCCCACACACCGGCAUUUCUCUGAACAGCGGUACACAAAACUAGGAAAAGCAUACAUUGGCGCAGGCCCAGCGCCUCACGGACCCUCGGGCACACACAGACACACAGACAUCCAGAUCACGCUCGUCCUGGUAAGCUGAGGGACACUGGUAUUCUGAGGGACAGGGGACACACUGGUAGGCUGAGGGACAGCGGACACUGGUAUUCUGAGGGACAGGGGACACACUGGUAGACUGAGGGACAGGGGACACAAUGGUAUUCUGAGGGACAGGGGACACACUGGUAUUCUGAGUGGCAGGGAACACACUGGUAUUCUGAGGGACAGGGGUCACACUGGUAGGCUGAGGGACAGCGGACACUGGUAUUCUGUGGGACAGGGGACACACUGGUAGGCUGAGGGACAGCGGACACUGGUAUUCUGUGGGACAGGGGACACACUGGUAGGCUGAGGGACAGCGGACACUGGUAUUCUGUGGGACAGGGGACACACUGGUAGGCUGAGGGACAGCGGACACUGGUAUUCUGAGGGACAGGGGACUCACAGACACACUCCCGACCGGACCAAGUGCCCCCGUGCGCUGUUUGUACAACUGCUACCGCGGCUUCUAAGUAGUGUCGACGUAGUGCCUCGGUAGAACCUAGCUAGCGUGCAGUGCCAGUGCUGUGUUGGAGCGGCCGCGGGACCGCCGGCUGUGAGCCGUGUGGUUGGUGCUGGCUUAAGCUGUCUGAGACCGCAGUCCGGGACGGCCGUCUUCUGCGGCCGGUCCUAUGAACUCCCAGCCUACUGUGGGGGCUGGGACCUCGGCCCUGUGGGGGCUGGGACCUCGGCCCUGUGGGGGCUGGGACCCCGGCCCUGUGAAUGUGCGAGCCCUGACCAUAGUCACAGAGCUCGAGGUGACCCUGUCUGGUGGGGCUGGACCUGCCGCCGGCCAGACCGCGCGUAAGAUACCCGCCCACACAGUGUAACUGUAGCCAGUAUUCAUUGUCAGCUUUACGGGUGGCUCGGUGUGCAUACCAGCUUAUCAGUUAAAGUGCAAUACAGUAUCAGUUCGUCAAUGGAACCAGUAGCUCCGACCGCGCUGAAGCAUCUGUGGGCCUGCGGCCAAAAUGCUGACCAGAAGCCGCUGCAUAUUGUUUAUCCUAAAUAAGCUGCAUAUCAAUUUAUCACUGAGCUGCAGGUGGUUGUUUUCAGUCCGAAGUAAGUGGUCAUCCAUGCUGCCCGGUAGUAUUCCGUGUUCCACAUUAGCCAUGUGUACCUGACCGGCAGCCGCGAGCUGGUUACUGGGGUGACUCAGAGAGGCGCGGAAUUUCUCCGACCCGAGGAACAACAUCGGGCUCCCAGACUGUCUCAUCUCCCGGGGGGGGGGGGGGGGGCUGUCAGAGUGAACCCGUCUGUCUGCCCCCGGCGGGGGCGGGGGAGGGGGUUCUGAGUCAGCCCUCACUGUCCGCGCAGUCAGCGGCAGAAACAAACCGCCAGCAGCCCGGCCGGUCCGCUCCGCGGCUCAGUUCUCAGAGCGGGAGCGGGGUCCAGGGCGGGCCCUCGGCACACCGCCGCGUUGGGACCGCGGCCUUUGGCUGCGGGGCUGCCUGAACGGGCGCCACGCGGUAAAGCUGGGCCACUUAUACGUUUGUGUGUUUUUGCACCACACAACUGAAGCCAUAGCGAGCUGGAGCGCGCAUGACACGGGUCUGGAAGUCAUAGGUGGCGACUGAAUGGUUCAACGCCACCACUCACUUUUGGAGGAUGAUGUGUACUGCGCAACUUUGUGGCAUUGUGGUGUGCUAGCCAUAAGACUAAUAACUACUGCGCCGAUUAUAUACCUAUUAAUGUUUUUUAUUGUGCUUAUGUACUGGGAUGUCCGUCCAAUGUGAAAUACACGAGGCGACCGAA